AUGGAGAGAUUGCCGGGGGAGUUGCUGCUUCGGAUCUUCCACCCCUUGGACCAUCGCUCGCUCGCCGCCGCUCGUCAAGUUUGCAGGAAGUGGAAGGCCGUGGCAUCUGACGAUGCACUCUGGUCAAACCUAUUCAAGGAGAGAUGGGGAGGAGAUCGAGCGACAACAUCCUAUGCCCCGAAUGAUUCAAAAUCCUGGAAAGAUGUUUACAUUGUGCAAGACCGAUGCCACCGUUUUGGAGUUGGCACGAAGAUCAUCAGAGAAGGAAGUGAUUACUACCUCAUCCAUCAAGGGGAAAUUCGAAGGUUUCUAGGCACAAGUCAGCCAAUAGCUGGAGUUGAAGGCAGAGCAGCGCGUCGAGAUGAUGAAGAACGUGCAUCAGCGAUCUCCGAUAGGAUUCUCUUCUUCCUUGGGGACCUUGAGACGGUCUGCACGGCUGCCAAGCGUGUGCGGAUGUAA